GUCGUGUUUUGCAGAUCGGCAUACCUGCUCUCUUCUCUUCUCUUCUCUUCCCGGGCCCUCUCCCCUAUCUAUGCAGCAGUGGGCCAUGGAAGCGCACCUUGAAAUUCUCCUUCCCAUUCUGCUCCGGCGUACAGCGCACGCAGGACGCUCUCCACCUGACAUCAUCUUCACGUGCAAGCGCAGUAUGAGCAGAUUCGUCCUCCCCCCUUUUUCCAAAUCCGCAUGCCGCGCUGAGAUUCCCGCAGCUUCUUCUUUAGAGAUAGAGGCUGUGGGAAAGCGGCGAUCCCUCUUGCCCGGCAGCGCCUCGGCAGUAAUGUACCUAAGGGAUGCUGGCUGGCAUUACUACUAUGAUCUGCUGGGGGAUUACUGGCUGGGGAGGCAUGGCAGUCUGACCUGCGCUUUUGAAGACGCAGUGCCGGCGCUAGCGGGCGUUGGAAGGAAUCCUUCUGAGUCGGCUCUGCGCUUCUGCGCUUGGCUCCCGGAGGGCAGUUGGGAAGUCGGUAGGGUUAAUAAUAUGGACAGCGCUGCUACCGCCUCAUGGAAUGAAUCCCUUCGGAGAUAG